AAUCAGAAAAAUAUUUCGAUCAAUACAAAUAAAGAUAAAUAUAAAAACACGCGAGUGAACAAAAAAAAACACGUGAUUGAUUUUCAACUAAGAAUGGAUUAUUAUUUAAUUUGAAAAUUUAAAUUUAAAAAAAAAGUCAAAAGUUUAAAUAUUAAUAAAAAUGGGUAAACUCGUACCACCUGAUGGAGGAUUCGGAUGGAUAAUCGUCAUGUCUUAUGCACUUAACAGUCUUGCAAUGAUACCUGUAAUGCAAGGUUCUGGUUUAGUGUUCAAAGAUUUGUUUCCAUUAUUAAAUAUAAACAAUACAGAAGGUAGUACAAUAAUUAGCGUAAAUAUGGCGUUUGGUAUGAUAUUAGGUUUAGUCAAUGGUCCAUUACUUCAACAUUUUGGAUAUAGAAAAAUGGCUAUAGUUGGUUCAUUAUUAUAUUUUGUUGGUAUAACGCUUACAGCAUUUUCAAGAACGUUUACUCUUAUAAUAAUCACUUAUGGUUUGAUAGCAUCUCUCGGAUUGACAAUAGCAUCAUCAAGUUUUUCUCUAGCACUUAAUAGUUAUUUCACAACGAAAAGAGGACGUGCAACUGGUUGGGCGAUUACUAUGAUGGGAUUAGGUUCAAUUUUUAUGCCAUAUGUUACCACAAUCUUACUUGAUAAUUAUGGUCCUCAGGGUACUCUAUUGGUAUUGGGUUCUUACUCAUUACAUUCGAUAUUAGCAUCGUUAAUGUUACAUCCAAUAAAAUGGCAUAUGAAGAGAUUACCAAGUGUUGAAGAAAGUGAUAAACAUAUUAUUGAAAUCAUCGAAAAGGAAUCACAUGUUGAUACAGAUAAACAAAAUGAAGUAUCAGAAGACGAUGAUACUUUUCAUGAUGCACCAUUAAUGGAAGAACAUCAAAGACAUAGAAGAUUAACCGUAUCAAGUGUCAAUCACGAUGUUGAAGGUGUUAGCAUCUAUGGUUUCGAAACACCAUUGUCACGACAAACCUCAGAAACUGCGAGAACUGUUUCGCAAGAGAUGAAUUUAGAUGGUUGGUCAUGGAUUAAUAAUAACGAAUUGAAUAAUAAAACUAUUUUUCAGCCGAACCAUUAUUGGUGGAAUUCGAAUAAAAGCCUAAACAGUAUCAAUCUUAGUAGUAGUUUACAAAUUUUCAACGAGGAUUCAAUUUACCAACCUUUACGAAAAAAUAAAAGUUUCAAUAGUAUGAGUAAAAUAUCAAAAGCAAAAAGUUGUCAAAGUAUACCAGAAAAUGAUAUCAUUGUACCAAAUAAAAACGAAAUGACUAUGAAUGAUAAUAAAGUUGAAAAUCAAAACGAUGAUAUCUGUGAAACAUCGAAACAAAAAUCAAUCAUUAUACGAAUACUAAAACGUAUAGUGAUCUUUUAUGGUCUUGAUAUUUUACGUGACGGUAUAUAUGUCAAUAUAAUGUUGGGCAUGUCAAUUGCAAUAUUCGCUGAAAUCAAUUUUUCAUUAUUGACACCGUUCAUUUUGGCUGAUAGAAAUUUAACGACUAAUGAAAUUGCAAUUAUUAUGAGCGUCAUUGCUACGGCUGAUCUUAUUUUUCGAAGUAUUGCUCCUUAUGUAGGAGAAUGGUUAAAUUUAACACCAAGACCAAUGUACACCAUUAGUUUGAUAUUUCUUAUCAUCAGUAGAACAAGUUUAAUAUUUACGCGAUCCCUAACAGAAGUAAUAAUUGUUGCCGUUGGUUUGGGUAUUGCUAAAGGAAUAAGAUCAGUUUAUAUGACACUUGUAAUACCAAGUUAUGUACCAAUUAAAGAUUUACAUUAUGCUUCUGCUAUACAGAUGACUGUAAAUGGAUUCAUCAUGUUAAGUGCUGGACCACUUUUAGGUGUAAUUAGAGAUGCAGUGGGAAGUUACACACCCUGUAUUAUAGUAAUUAAUAGUAUGUCGGCCUUGACCGUCACUAUAUGGCUAACGGAAUUGAUCAUUUUACGUAGAACUAAACUUAGAUCGAAAAUAUUGCAACAAGAUUUAACCGAGGAAAAAACUUGACGAAUAAAUAUCAAAGAAAAAAAUCAUAUUUAUAUUAUACAUUUAUUCGUUUUGUAAAUAAA